CUAACAUUUUAAUCCAAGGAAGUGGGACCCAAACAGUGUUUGAUAGGGAUCCAGAUACAGAGAUGUUGAGGGUCCAUCGUCCAAAUCGGAUACUGUCGUUAUACGCCUACAUCCAUCACACUCAAACAUGGCCUUUCAGUCCCCCCAUCUGCUACCACAGUCCACAGAUGCUCUGCGAUUUUACCUCAGAUUCCAAACCCCUAACCUAGCGUUUCAAUUUCUCACUGCUACACACAAAACUCUUUCUCUCUCAUUUCAACAAAUAAACCAACCCUAGAUCUCUCAAGUCUCAAUCUGCAUUCGUGAUAUUCAUGAUUCCUUCCACAUAUAUUUUUCCUAGAAACUUUUAAUAGUAUGUUCUUCAUACCUGGAUUCUCCCCUUAACCCAUUGCACUGUGUAAUUAUCACAUUGAGGCAAACAUUAUCAUAAAUGGGUUCACUUUAUGGCACACACGAGAUUGUUGAGUUAAAUGAUGAACCUAAAGUGAGUGAUUAUUCCAAUCGCUAUCACCAAUCAAGAGCAAAAGAGAAAGAGAAAAAGCCUCAAGGGUGCAGUAGAUAUAUAGAAGAUGACAUCAACAAGCUAUUUGAAGGUAUCAAUAUCAGAACUUCAUUCAAUGGCUCCAGUUAUUCAGAUGAAACAGGUGGCAACACACCAAGAAAAAACCAAAACCCAUCAAAGAAACCAAUGAGAAUGAGCUAUUCAUCUUCCUCCGGAAUCGGGUAUUCCGAACCCGUGUCUUUGAAACAAGCUUUACGGGGUUUAUGUAUUUCUCAAGCUUCAGAAAUGGCUGCCAUUAAACGACAUUCAAUGCCUCCAGGCUCUCCCGCUCUUUCCGAUUCCGGUAAGUUGACCGAUUUCUACAAGUCCUUUGUUAAAGGCACUGAUUCCGGUUCCGGUUCCGUUUCCGUUUCCGUUUCUUCCAUGAAUCAAGAAAGCACAUCAAGAACUUCAGCAAAGAUUCCGAAUCUUGAAAAGUCAACAAAAAGUGUAAAAGUAAAACCUCCACAAAAGCUGAAUGAGAUUUUACUUGUACCGGAAUCGGAAAGUAGUCAAGAACCAAUACAAGAAAAGAAUUCCAUUCCUUCUCCACCUUCGCGUAUUCCAGCCGAAAGUUCAUCGGAAUCGGUCAAUUCCGAAGUUAAUGUCAUAAAGAAUAAUCUUACACCAAGUAAGUCAACCCCAAAGUCACGCUAUAAAGGAAAGUCAACUCGUGUAGUCAAGACUGUAAUUCGAAACAAGAACCUCGUGAAGAAAAAGUCAAAGCAAGAUUUUACCUCAUCUCCUGAAAAAACCAAUCUAAUAUGCCAAAAAUGCCAUUGUACUAUGAAAGAAGCCAAAAGAGAACAACAACAACCGAAUAAAGACUCUUCAAAAUCACCUCUUUCCACCAUCACAUUGAUAAGCAAUAAGAACUCAAAAUACAAAGAUAAAGGCGAAUUCACUCAAAGCUCAAAUAGCAGCAUUUGUGAAUACAGUUCAAGUACUAGCAUAAGUGAAGACAGAAAUCUCAGUGGGUGUAUUAUCAUAAACAGACCUCACAUGUCAAAAGACAUAAGAUGGCAAGCGAUUAACCAUAUCAUGAAACAAAACGGGUUUCUAGGGUUAGGACAUUUCAAUCUGUUGAAGAAACUCGGGUGUGGGGAUAUUGGUACUGUUUAUCUCGCUGAAUUAAUCUCGACAAAUUACCCUUUUGCCAUUAAAAUCAUGGAUAAUGAGUUUUUAGAAAGAAGACAAAAGAUGCCUAGAGCUCAUAUGGAAAGAGAGAUUUUAAGCAUUCUUGAUCACCCGUUUCUCCCUACACUCUACGCUCAUUUUGUUUCUGAAAACUUAUCGUGUCUGGUUAUGGAGUAUUGUCCAGGUGGCGAUCUUCAUGUUCUAAGACAGAAACAACCCGCUAGAUUCUUUCAUGAACAAGCUGCAAGAUUCUAUGUUGCUGAAGUCCUUCUUGCUCUUGAAUACCUUCAUAUGCUUGGGAUCGUUUAUCGAGAUUUAAAACCCGAAAACAUUUUAGUCAGAGAAGAUGGUCACAUCAUGGUGACUGAUUUUGACCUUUCUCUUCGGUGCUCCGUGAACCCGGUUCUCCUCCGAUCCCCUUCUACGGGUCCGGGACCCACAGAGGCACCUAGGAUGUCGGGCCCAUGCGCUGGUUCCAGCUGUAUUGAUCCUUUCUGUAUGAAACCCACCUGUCAAGUUCAAGUCUCAUGUUUCCGGCCACCAAAAGGUCGGAAAACAAAACAAGACCUCGCCGGAGAACGCCGGAAACUUCCACAGAUGGUGGCUGAGCCGACGGAGGCUCGGUCAAAUUCCUUUGUCGGGACCCAUGAGUAUUUGGCGCCUGAAAUUAUAAAAGGAGACGGACAUGGAAGUGCGGUUGAUUGGUGGACGUUUGGGAUUUUUCUGUACGAGCUUUUGUACGGGAGAACGCCGUUUAAAGGUCCAGGGAACGAUCAGACGUUGGCGAAUGUUGUUUUGGAGAGUCUUAGGUUUCCGGAAACGCCGCUGGUUAGUUUUCAGGCGAGGGAUUUGAUUAAAGGGUUGUUGGCGAAAGAGCCGGAGAAUCGGUUGGGGUUUCAUAGAGGGGCGGCGGAGAUUAAACAGCAUCCGUUUUUUGAUGGGCUGAAUUGGGCUUUGAUACGGUGUGCGUCUCCACCAGAGUUGCCGGAGGCGUAUGACGUGGCGGUGUCUAAGGCGGCGGCGUUAGAGAAAGCGAAAAACUCCGAUUCUACAUUCUCCGGUGAAGGUUCUUUCCUCUGCUUCCACCCAACGUCUCCUCUUCCAAUAACAAUCAGAAACAUGCCUAAAGUGAAGACAAACCGCGUGAAAUACCCCGAGGGCUGGGAACUCAUAGAGCCAACUCUUCUCGAAUUACAGGCAAAAAUGAGAGAAGCUGAGAAUGAUCCACAUGAUGGGAAGAGAAAAUGUGAGACCCUGUGGCCAAUCUUCAAAAUUGCACACCAGAAAAGUCGCUAUAUCUUUGAUCUUUAUCAUCGUAGGAAGGAAAUUUCUCCAGAAUUGUAUGAAUUUUGCUUGGAUCAAGGGUAUGCUGAUCGUAACAUUAUUGCAAAAUGGAAAAAGGCUGGAUAUGAAAGACUUUGCUGUUUAAGAUGCAUUCAACCACGUGAUCACAACUUUCAAACAACGUGUGUUUGUAGAGUGCCUAAGCAUCUGAGGGAGGAAAAGGUGAUAGAGUGUGUGCAUUGUGGGUGCAAAGGCUGUGCUAGUGGAGAUUGA